CUCUAUAUAAAUAGAGAGAUUAUAUCGGGCCAGGGUUUCUUGCUGUGGCGAGCCUUCAUUUUGUCUGCAGAAACCUCUCGCAUCACUACCAUGGUGGCCACCAAGAAGACAAAGAAGACUCAUGAGUCUAUCAAUAACAGACUGGCACUGGUCAUGAAGAGUGGAAAAUACACCCUGGGGUACAAGACUGUGCUGAAAUCUCUCAGAAACUCAAAGGGGAAGCUUAUCAUCAUCUCCAACAAUUGUCCUCCUCUGAGAAAGUCUGAGAUUGAAUAUUAUGCUAUGUUGGCCAAGGUUGGAGUUCAUCACUACAAUGGAAAUAAUGUUGACUUGGGCACUGCUUGUGGAAAAUAUUUCAGAGUAUGCUGCCUCAGCAUUAUUGAUCCAGGUGAUUCCGAUAUCAUUAAGAGCGUACCUGGUGAUCAUUGACCCAGUUUCCAAGCAAUAGCAUGUUUACUUAGUUUUGGUUCCUUUUCCAUUUGGAAUGCGGGUUUCAAUUGAGAGCACUGUGAUAUUUUGUUAACAAGCACAAUUUUUCUGAACCUCUAUGCUUCCUUGAUAGCCAUUUUCUAUCUACUAGAUGUCUGAGUGAAUCUAUCAGAGUACUUUAUUUCAUGUGUUAAUUUUUAUCUCUAUUUUCUUCUCCUA